AGUUGAUAGAAGAAAGUCGAAUUGAACGGAUCGCAGUAGCGAGGAAGUGAUCGUGAGGCCUCCCUCGUCCAGUUGAGUAGAGAAAGAUUGGAAUAGUCAGUGAGUGUCAGUCCAAGUGAAAAUUAUAGAUUUGGAAGUAUUUUAGAAAGUUUUGCUUGUUGUUGGUCUGGAAAUCGGUUUUAACGCCUAGAGGAGGCACCUAAAAAGAGAAUCUUAACCUUAAGUGUAGUUUUUUAUCAUCUCAACUAGAGGCGAGAAACAGCAAUUCUAGAAAUUCUGAUUGUGUUAAUAUUAAAUGUGAUUGCAAGAACAAGAAAAAAUAAUAAGGUCUACGAAAUUUGAUGUUCAAAUAAUGAAAAAUUACAAAAUAGCUAUGUCGAGUGCAGCAGCCUAGUUGAAAACGGCAAUCACUCGCUAGUUAGAAAAAGAGGUCAAGCCAGAGUAGAUUUCUUUGUUCGCAAAAUUCAAAAGAGCGCGACAACGGCCUCACCAAUACAUACACACUUGCUACGGGUUUGGAAAGUGUUUCCUACAGAUUUUGCAUCACGUAAAGUUGUGCUGUGGAAGCAGCCUGCAAACUGACGGAGGAAGAGCCUGGUGUAACCGAGCUGUUAACGCACACAAGCCUCAUUCACACAUGCAACGUAUGUGCGGUUUAGUGUAGUGACUUGAACAAAGAAGCGCACCUUUUGCGCUGAUAGCGAACAAAGUUUGGUUCUAGUAGCGCUGCAGUGCUCAAGGGAGAUAUUUCUUUUGAUUCCGUACGAUUUCUGUGAUAGCGUUUCCUGCACCACUGUGAGAAGCCUCUGGAAUGUAUCUGCGAAAGGUUGAAUAUCUCUCCCCUGAUGCCAACGGUAAGAAGCAGUUGAAAAUAUAAAAACAAAACAUUUGGAAUACGAUUCUACUAGUGUUAACCGGAAGAAAAAUAAAGAAAAGUAGAGCACUUUUAAGAGGACAAAGAAUUGAAGUGCAUCAACAGUGACGGAAAGUGAAACAAGAUUCGUGUAUCUGCAUUCGAUUAUGUUGUGUACCCUGCAUUUUCUUUUAGUAAUGAGAUAUUUUUAUAAUAAAACAAUAUCAAAACGAGAAAAAUUACACUAAAAGAAAAGAAUAAUCAUAAACUGAAGCAGUAUAAUUGAUGAUACAAAGUAAAUAUAGUUUAUUUUUAAUGAAUAAUAAUAAAGUGUGAUAAUAGUUUUAAAAGGUAAAUCGUACCGAAACAAUUGACUGAAACAAUAACUGUAGUGAGUGUUUUGAGCCGAACCAACAGAAGAAAAAACGCAAAACAAAGUCCAACAUGACAAACUCGCACAAUAGAAGUGGUAAGAACGGCUGCCAGGCGGAACGGUAUUUCAACAAUCAUAGUCCCCAGCAGUGCAAUGGUAGCAGUAGUAAGCGGAACAACUCUGCUAGUAAUAAUAUUGGUAAUGGAGGCCGGGGACAAAAGUCGCCCAGCUCAACUUACUUUAGAAGUAUCUCAACAUCGAACGCUAUUCCGAUAGUGAAAUCUUCUUCCCCAGUUAGUAGCAAGGGUGGUAAUUACUACGGCACCAAUUCACCUAGCGGACGUCCCCAUAGCUUUAAUGCCAAUACCAGCUAUCAGCGUACAAGCCCCGGUGGUGGUAACUUUAAUAAUUCUGUUGGAACGUUAUCUGGUUCGCCACCUAACUUCUCCUAUUUUGCUGGUAGUAAAUGCUACGAUGCACCAGCACCCACCGCUUUGCCGAAACCACCAGUACACUGGACUUCUGCUCCUUCCAUCACUACGGUAACAUCAGCUUUAAGUACUUCAAGAACUUCUUGUGGCAAACCAACGUCCUCAACAUCUGGUGUCGCCAAAAAUGCCAGUUGCAAGUCAUCGUCAUCAACAGUUCUCUCACCACCGUCAGUAUCGUCUAGGGUCAAAGUCAGGUCAGUGAAACUAGCUAUGUCAUGUGCUGCGGCUGCGGCUAAAAUAAACCGGAAUGCCGAUUUCACUAACAACCUUAAAACGAUCCUAAACGUCCAAGCUUAACCACAACGUGCGUCCAAAGAUGAACCUGUUAAGCCUGCAGGUACAGUGCUGCCAAGAUCGUUUUACUGAAAACCCGCUUCGCCAAAUUAUAAACAUUUCGAAAACAAAACUGGCAAUUACCAACAAAUCCACAAAAUCAUUACCACAUAAAACAACUAUCAACCGAAUCCACCAAUUGUCAUGGAGAACUACCGUUUCAUAAUCGCCAUCCAAGUAACAACGAUCGGAAGCAGUAAAAUGAGAUAGAACGACUAAAGUGAGUAAUGUACUGAAGUGCUUGUUUAUUCUAGUUAUGAAUCGUCGUUUUUUAUGUUUUUUUUUUUAUUUUAAUUUGAGGCGUGACAUUUCUGGUCAAAUUAGUCGGCCAUUACGAAUGAGUAUCUUAAAUUUAUUGUUUAUUUUAAUGUCUCAUUUUCUGACAUUUUUACAGCAGUUUAAAUGAUAACCUCCACAAACAAAAUUAUUAAUUAUAUUCAGAAUUAUUUUCUCGAAUACCAAAUAGAACCACACAAAAAAACCUCUUUCAAAAUUGUAUCAUAGAUCAGAGUAUCCCGUACAACUGCUGUAAAAUAGCCACAAUAUGAGAUGAGUCAAAUUGUUACAUUAUUGUAGGAUACAUGCAAACAAAAUAUAGUCAUAAUCAUUGUUUUCAAUUUUUUAUUUGUAUGCACACUAUCACGUGUGUUGCGACACCUCACUAAAUAUGUAACAUUGAGGUUCGAUCAAUGAAAAGGCAAUGCAUAAAACAAUUACAUUAGAUACAAUACAGUGAAGACCAAAACACGUUUGUAAGAACAUUACAGCUAAUGCGCAAAUAGAUAUUCUCAUUCCUUUAAAACUCGUCCAGAUUAGUCACAAAAGUUUAUCUUUGGAACACUAAAUCACAACAUAGCCCACUUUUGGAAACUAUUCAUAAGUGAACCAGCAACCAUUAGCUAUUCCGAAAACUACUCUCUAAUUGCGCAUCAGCUCAUCAGUUCGAAGAGAAGUCAAUAUUGCGUGCUUUUGAAAAGCUGCGCAAUUUGCAGUAGAAUAAAGAUAAACGAGAAAUAAAACAAAUACAGUACAAAAUCGAACUAUUAAAUGUAUGUUUUACAAUAUUAACAAGCAAAGUAAAUCAAACACCGACGGAUAAACAAGAAUAAAGAUGUGUGUUGAACCCAUGCAAAACGCAAAGAUGGAGAAGCAGGUAUUGCUGAAAGCUAUUGGCAAGCAAAAAAGUAUGAGCAGAAACACGCGCAUGUGUGUGACAAUAUUGUAGCAAAAACGAGAAUCGAAAGACUUAUCACUACUGAUAACGGAAAACAUUCAAAGCAACACAUUGAACGUGUAUGAUGAGGGUCUUGAAAGUUGCUACUAAUGUGGACAAGCUUUCACGUUUACUCGGCCGAAGCUGGUCUCCGAUGUUAGAAGGGAGUUAGUUUACGGACAAACCAAUAUGGGCCAUCUCUCAGGGGGCGGAGUUUGAAAACUUUGCCGACCAGUAAUGAUUUCCCUUUUUCAGUUGAUAAUUUCAGUUUUUCAUUACAUGCAUUUAAGAAAUUCUACUUUUGUUUUUUUACAAAUUCGGAAAACUAAGUCUCUUGUAAAUAGCAAAGUUUUAAAAUUACAACCCGUAAAAUAUUUGUAGGAGAGAGCGUGCCUUCUAGUAUUUUUUACAAACGGGGAGAGUACACGAAACCCUACAUCAACACAAUAUCAUUUGUAACUCCGCCCUUCUAUUCAUGAAAUAUCCCUGUAAGAAACGAUGUGAUGUUUGUGAAGUCGUAGUAAUAUCUACUAAACGUCUCAAAUUAUCAUUUUGCGUCUAACAACAGAAAAGUAAGUUAUUUUUCUGUUAAAAUCGCAAACUUUUUGGUGCACAAAUAGUGUCUAGACCGCCAUGUCAAAAGAUUGUUAGGAAUUGAUUCUAAAUUUCAGCAUGAAAAACAUACUUUAGCCCAGUGCAAUAAUGCUGAUUCAAAAUUGAAUUUGUAAAAUUGGUAGUUUACUGUUUACAGAGCACUCCAAAUUACGCGGUAAAACCUACCUUAAUUAAUGUUUCUAUUGCAAAUUAACCGUACAACAACCAGGCGUCAUUCUACGUUUCACUUUUUAUUUUGUAUCGAAAAUUGUAUAACAAUAUUUGCAAUCUAGGUUUUAUGUUUAUCUAUAAAAAACUAUUCAAACACAACGUUACUGCAAAUACUUAUUUGAUCUCAUUUUCCCUCUUCCUUUUUUGCUAUGAAUCUAUUGAGAAGGGCUUUUGACAGGUUCAAGCUAACGGUUGAUAGUCAGUUUGACAUUUUACGUUAGAAAACAUAAAUGUACGAAACCAUAGUAACGCAAUAACUACUUCGUUUGAAACUUUGAUAAAAUCUAAAUCAAACAUGUAAUAUGUUUGAUUAAUGAUAAAAAAAUUCAUUUAUUACUGCCAAAUAUUGUUGUUUGUUUUUGUAUGAAUUACCACAAACAUUUUUCAAAUCCUCGAAAACCUGCUCAAUCCACAAAACUACAUCGUACAAAUGUCAAAAAAUGUGCUAGCUUUUCAAUUCUUCGUGUUAGCUUACUGUUGAAAGCUUCUAGUUGAAAGUCCCGUAAUAUAUUUUUUGAAUUUUCUUUGCUUUCUUAGUUUCUUAUUCUCGUAAAAAUAUCUAAAUUUAAAAACCAUCUAGGGAAGCAUACAGCAAAUAAAAUGAACUACACACAUAUUGUAUAGAAAUUAAGUAACAUUAAAAAGCUUCAGCAUAUUGAAAGAUUAAUUAACAAACGUAAACAUUACCAGACUUUAAACAUGCAAACCUGCAAGAUAGCACUUUUUCACGAUCCUAUAACAUUGAAUCAUUUUCAAUUCACAUCAAGACAGAAAAAAGUUAAUAAAUAAAAGAAGUGUAUACCGAAAGUACAGCUAACUUGGAAACAGAUAGAAAAAAUACUAUAGUUUUUAUUCUGAAUAUGUAAUGUUCUAUGUUUAUUUGUUGACCGGAACAAUAAUGAAUUAAAAAAAUCCGUCGAUACGAAGUAUCGCUAGCUUAUCGUUUUACGGAAAUUCAAAGUAUACAUCGGGUUCCAUUGUUUAGAUAGACCUGGCGUGAAAAAAUAGUCAUUGAAUGUUUUCUACCGAUUCGAGAGAAAAAAAAUUAAAUUUGCCCCUAUUUUGCUUUUCUCCUGUUCUUAUGUUCAUAAAAAUCAUGGUGUCUGCUAGGACUGGUUCCUCGGUAAUCUUUCUCAGAACACUGUUUGUAGUUGUUCCCUUUUCAAAACUACCUGAUCGGAUAGCCUUCAUAUCGACGAGAAUGAAGGAAAUCCAAAAAUCACUUUUAUUCCUUUGUGUUUGUUCGUUCUAUUGCUGUUUGUUGAUAUUACACAUUGCUUUUUAAAUUCUCAACUUAAAUCAACUGCAAAUGAAAACUUUAAAAACAAAAAAAAAAAAAAUAAAACAAAAAACCGUUACCUGACAUCUGAACAAUGGAAUCUUCGAAAUACUUUGCAAUGAUUGAGAGUUGUUUCAACAAUUGGCAGUAUAAAAUAACUCAACACCGGCAACAAGCAUUCAAAUGUCAUGAUCAACUCUUAAACAGAUGUCAAAUCUCGAAGAGAUGUACAAACAAGAGUAUCGAACUAAAUGAGCAAAACGAAAUUUGAUACAUUCAUCUGCGAUAUAAAUACAUCAGCCAAUACUGCUAAGAUUUAUGUUUUCUGAUUUUAAGACAAACAAAAUGGCAUGCACGAUAAGUCGAACAAAAUAAAAAAAAUUAUGUGAACCAACAGGAAACAAGAGAACGUACGAACGAGUAGAAAAAAAGAUGAAAAUAAGCAAAAGCAUUCAGAAACAUGUAUCGUUUCUUCCGCAACAGAAUGCAAGUCAUGUAAACUCACACGCACAUGCAAUAAAACGCAUUUUACUUAUUCUUCUGUAUAUUACAGAAUACUUCGAAAUAACCACUUCAAAACAAUGAAAAGUGUGUUGCGCGUGAGUCCUGCUUUGCUUUUAAAGGUAAAGACUAGAACUGGCUUAACAGACACAAGAGUAAUGAGAUUGUAAUGAUAAACUUUGGGAGACCUUUAGAUGUGUAAGUGUAAUAAAUAUUAGAAUUUAAACUGUUUAGAGAUGUAAUGGUAGAGAGGUUGGCAAUGUUCUGUGAUCCCUAUUUCAUUUAAAGUAACUGCUUUUUUCGAGAGGGUAAAAGAAAAGUAUAAUGGAUUAGUAUUAGUCUAUUAAAAUUGUUGGAUGGGUUCAAUCAUGUGAAAAACUUGAGAAUCGGUAAAAAGCAGUAACUAUUAAAAUGUUUGUUUGGUGAACUUACUGAUUUACCAGUCAAAUCAAUGAUAAAUCCGCUAGAUUUUUGUAACAAACAACCAAGUAAAAUGAACCAAUUUCUUGUAACACAAAUCGCCAUGUACUGUAUCAACAAUCAUAAAUUACUGUAGUUUCAGGCUAUACCAGGGCAAAUGUUCCAAUUGAAAUUAGUAGAAGCAUCAAGGAGAAAGUUUAGUUCACUCAUUCAGUAAAAUCCGAUUUUUAGUUGUGUCCAGUUCAUGAAAAUUCAAUGAUGAUAAUCAAGUAGAAAUUGUUUUAUUUUUAAUUGUAAAAAAGGAAAACAUUGUGAUUUUUGAAAUUAAUUCGCAAAUGGAAAACAAAACAAAUCAAAGUAGAAAAAAAAAUCUACAACCCCAAAAAAUAAAAAAAACUAUGUAAAAAUAGACAAAACCUCCAAAAAACCCUUCUCCACUGUGGAUAGUACUUCUGUACUAUUGCAUCUCCAAUAACACAAGCAAUAAUCCUUCCAACUUCCUUUCAUUCAUAUCCUAUCCCAUGCUGACCUCACAAAUUCCUAUUCCCCUUUGCUCCUCUCCGUGAGGUCAGCCCUAAAUGAGUUACCGAAGAGUUAAAUUGAAUUUUCUCAUAGACGUACUACGUCAUAUCUGGAAAUCUUGAUUCUCC